CAACAUAAUCACAAAUAUUUAAAUAUUACUCGUUGUUAUAUAUUUUGGUUUAUAUACUUAAAAUCCUCUUGUAGUUGUAAUCGGUUAGUUAAAAAAAAUGAAUUGGGUCGUUUUGAUUUUGGGUAUUUUUGUUUAUGGAUGUAACGCAGAUUUUUUGCAAGAUGUUGCCAAAGGUAACGCAGAAUUCACAGCAAAUGUUUACAAAAAAGUUAUCCAGACCGAAAGUCGUAAUGUAGUCCUCAGCGGACUUUCAGCAGAAAUAAUACUAUCCCUCUUAGCCAAUGGUGCAAAAGGAGACACCCAAAAGCAACUGCUAACUGUUCUAAAUUUACCAAGUAGUCAACAAGCAAGAGACGAGGCUUUCAAUCAAAUCACUACAACCCUUAAUAUUAAUACGGACGAGCUAAAAUGUUUAUCAGCUAACAAAAUAUAUCCAGCCAAAAAAUUCACCAUAUCACAAUCUUUUGAAGACUUAGCUGUCAAUGUUUAUAAAUCUGAUGUCCAAAGGUUGAACUACAAUAACGCUCAGCAAGCGGCCGAUACCAUCAACAGUUGGGUAGAACAACAAACCAACAACAAAAUCAAAAACUUAGUAGAUCCAAGUCAGCUAAAUUCCGCAACUGUACUGGUUUUGGUUAACGCUUUGUACCUGUUAGCACAAUGGAAACAUCCUUUCGAAAAACACAACUCUAUGCCAAGGUUGUUUUAUACAUCGGAAACCGCUUCAAUAUCUAUUGACACCAUGUAUACCGAAACCUUUGCUAAAUACACACAUUGUACCAAGUUGAAAGCCAAAUUUUUGGAGUUAGAUUUCAAAGGGGGCGAUUUCAGCAUGGUAUUCGUACUGCCAGAUAAGAAGAACGGAUUGAGUGCCGUUGAAAGGAAUGUGGACAAAUAUAUGGUGCCUAUGAAGUACCAAAAUGCUUACGUUGCGAUAACUUUACCUAAAUUUAAGACUAACUCCAAGACUGAUUUUACUUCUAUUUUACAACAGUUGGGUGCCACUACCAUGUUUACGAAUCAAGCUGAUUUGUCGGGAAUAUCUGAUGGAGGCGGUCUUAAGGUCAGUUUCGUUGUUCAGGAAGCCUUCAUUGACGUCAAUGAAAAUGGAGUUGAAGCAGCAGCUGCAACUGCAGUUGGAGUACAACUCACCUCCGUGAGGGAACCACCUAGUAUACAAUUCAAAGCUGAUCAUCCAUUCUUUUUCUACAUCCAAGUCAAAAGUUCCAGAUUAAUAUUAUUCGCAGGACGAUUUAAAGGAUAAUAAUAUCUAUUUGUUAUGUAUAUAGUUUAAUGUGAAAUGUAUCACAUAAUUUUUCAUAUAUUUAGUGAGAAUAUUACAAGGAAU